AUGCUAACAACACCACCUCCACUACCGAAGGUAUUACCAGCCGCUUUUCCACGCCGGCCUGCGUCAAUCAGAUUUGAGUCCUUGCGUGUGUGCAGCCUCCCCUUCAAUCAGGAACCAACAAACGAGCAAGCACACAGGGGAACCAGCCAUAUCUGCACGCUGCUCCAGCUCAGACCCCCCCAGCCUCAUCCUUUGCUGCAUCGCUCGUCUUUGCUCCGACUCCGGCUCCCUCGACCUCCGCUGCUCCGGCUCCCGAAGGCCGAGGGCAAGGGCUGGCAGCACGACCACCGACACACAAACGUGACGGAUACGGCAUGGUGACGCCGCCUAUGGUGAGAUCCAAGCUGGAGACAGCUCGCACGUUGCUGCCCUUAUGUUGGUACGUGUGUCAGGCAAAGUCUGCAUCGGAGAGUCACGGCAGGAUGGACGUCGACACGGCCAAUGCGGGCGGCAACAAGUGAGCAUGCACAAAGACGAGGGCACACACAGCGCUGGGAAGAAAGGGGCGUUUCUGGCUGUGUUGUCAGGGUCAACCAUGUAUUCGAGUACGUGCCGAUGAAGCAUCGUCGGCCCGCUAAGGUGGAGCUCAAGGGCUCUUUCGACGACUGGCGCAGUCGUUACGAGAUGCACUGGUCGCCCGAGAAGAAAUCCUACGUGCUGCCUCUCUCGCUGCCCCCUGGCAAGCACACCUACAAAUUCAUCGUCGAUAGCAUGUGGACAUGUGCAUACACGAAACCGAAGGACGAAGACCGACACGGGAAUAUCACUAAUGUCGUCACCAUCCGGCCAGACGGACAGGCAGUGUGAGAGACGUACGUGGGUUUGGCUUGCGUAGUGUGAGAUCAGUCGU